UUUUGAGCAGCAAACAACUCAAUCUAACACAACCAAGUGUGAUCAAAGUAAAAAGAAAUUCUUGAAGAAAAAUUUCGAAAAUCUAAAGUCAAAAAUUCCAAAUUCAGUGAACAUUUGCAACAAUUUAAUUGUUAACAAAAGCAAACCAAAAGUAAACCAAAAUGCAAAUUUUCGUCAAAACCUUGACUGGCAAGACCAUCACUUUGGAGGUUGAACCGUCGGACACCAUUGAAAACGUGAAGGCCAAGAUACAAGACAAGGAGGGAAUUCCUCCAGAUCAGCAACGUUUGAUCUUCGCCGGCAAGCAGUUGGAAGAUGGUCGUACAUUGAGCGACUAUAACAUCCAGAAAGAGUCGACCUUGCAUUUGGUCCUUCGUCUCCGUGGUGGCAUGCAAAUCUUCGUCAAGACUUUGACUGGCAAGACCAUCACUUUGGAGGUCGAACCCAGCGAUACCAUCGAGAACGUUAAGGCUAAGAUUCAAGACAAGGAGGGAAUUCCUCCAGACCAGCAACGGUUGAUCUUUGCCGGAAAACAAUUGGAAGAUGGUCGUACCUUGAGCGACUACAACAUCCAGAAAGAGUCGACCUUGCAUUUGGUCCUUCGUCUCCGUGGUGGCAUGCAAAUCUUCGUCAAGACUUUGACUGGCAAGACCAUCACUUUGGAGGUCGAACCCAGCGAUACCAUCGAGAACGUCAAGGCCAAGAUCCAAGACAAGGAGGGAAUUCCUCCAGAUCAGCAGCGAUUGAUCUUUGCUGGCAAGCAGUUGGAAGAUGGUCGCACGUUGAGCGACUAUAACAUCCAGAAGGAGUCGACACUCCACUUGGUCCUUCGUCUCCGCGGAGGAAUGCAAAUUUUUGUCAAAACCUUGACUGGCAAGACCAUCACUUUGGAGGUUGAACCGUCCGACACCAUUGAAAACGUGAAGGCCAAAAUCCAAGACAAGGAGGGAAUUCCUCCAGAUCAGCAACGUUUGAUCUUCGCCGGCAAGCAGUUGGAGGAUGGUCGUACAUUGAGCGACUAUAACAUCCAGAAGGAGUCAACUUUGCAUUUGGUCCUUCGUCUUCGUGGAGGAUCAAACUAAAUUAUCGGAAAAUCUGUCUUUUCACCUGAAUAUAGAAUUUUGAAUUGAAACGAAAAA